UCUACAAUGACCGUAACACUUCAUACAGCAGAGUUAAAAAUAAAAAAGAUAAAUACAUUUCAUUUGUUUAUUAUCUAUUAAUCGAUUCCCAAACUGAUUAGAAAUAAAGGUCAGCAGAUCAGGAAAUUAACAGGUGAUGUGCGAUCAGAAGUUUAACCUGAAACAAGAAAAGAAAGUGGAAUAAAAAACCCAGCAACAUAGAGAAAGUGCCUUUAAUCAGUGGAAAGCUGCCGGCAGCAAUGCAAACAAACUCCACUGUGUUCAAAUAUUUGCAGCAUCUGAUAUGCGUCAGCUCACGUUCGCUGCUCCUGUUGAACACAUCCUGCUGUCCAGGAUGCGAGCCUGCGGGUUUGUGUUUGAAUGUCACUGAUAUGACGGAGCGCCAGACGCUUCCUCUCUCAACAUGCCGGCAGCGAUGCACCUCACUGUCCUGCUCUGCCUGCUCACAGCGACAGCCUGCCGCGGGAGCUCAGUUUCCUCUACUGUGACGGCUACGAGUGCCUCCAGUGCAACCCAGAGCUUAGCAUCAUCACCCACAGUGAAAACAUCAACCGUCACACCCCAGCUCCAAACGACGACACAGACGACCCCCAAUCUUACUUCAGCUUCACCACAGACUGCCACAGCAGAGAAGACCGGCCCGAGCAGCGCUCCCCUGAACACAACGAUCGGCCAAACGUCUGAUCAGACCGUCACUCAGAACCAGACGGUCCCGCUAACGUCAGAGUCUCUGAAUGUCACAGCUGGUACAUCGGGGAACAAAACCACUUCAGAUCUUUCAGGCAACAAGGAAAAUUACAAGUUGGUGGAAAGUCCUGGCCUGGUGGCCGUCAUCUGCAUCUUUACAAUCGUCUUUGGCCUCUUACUGGUGGUUAUAACGGUGAAAUGCGUCAGAUCGUCGAGGUCCAACUUUGAGAGGCUCGAAGACGUUCCAAUGGGUAAAGUGAACGAAACCUCUCCCUUCGCUCAGUACACAAAAUGACAGAAGGCUCUUCUUCACUGGACAACAACUCAUCAUCAUCAUCUGGGCUGUAAAUCAACACCUAACAUGUCAACAACAGUCAGAAGGGACUUUAAGUUUAAAUAUAUAAUCGUAAAUUGGACUUUUGUUUGAUCAACUUUGACUUGGUUACUUCACUGCUGGUGAUUCAAUAGAUUCAGACUCUAAUCAAAUAACUCUUACCUCACUCUGCUUUUCUUUCCUUUGAGAAAAGAGUUAACCUAAAAAAUAAAAAUGGUGAAAUGAAUCCUUAAAAUCUUCUGUUCUACAGGAACACGUAGAAUAAUGUAAUCUAAAUGCUUAAAAAUAUUUUAUUGAUGGGUUUUCUCCUAGGAUUUCCAUUUAUCUCCAUCCUUCUUUGGUCAUAUCAACUCUGCUCAGUUUCCCUGUGUGUGUUGAAGGCAAACAUUCCCGCAUCAUGAUGCAGCCACCACCAAAUGUCACUAAUUAUUUAUAAUCUAUAAUAUUUACUAAUUAGAUUACUUGUUCACUAUGGAUUUCUACAGUUAUUAGAGUAAAAGUAGCAGAAUUCAAAUGAAUGCCAGACUUUCCACAUUUUACUUUGCAAGAAAAUUAAUUUUUAUUUUUUCCAUUUCUUCUUCUGCUCUGUGCUACUUUUUGUCCAUCACAUAAAAUCCCAAUAAAAACAUUGAAGUUUGUGGUUGUAAUGUAGCAGUAAGUGAAAUGUUCCAGAAAUAUAAAUAAUUUUGCAAUAUAAAUGGUGAUUUCUGUAACGUGUCUUUUGAGAAUUUAAAGGUAAAAAUGUUGCUAUUCUAGUUGUCAUAUCUGAAAGAAUAAAGAUGUUUUCAGUUUUU